AUGGCAGAUUCGGGCGUCUCCGCCACUCAACGGGCGGGCGGUGUCAGCGUCGCCCACGCCGGGCGUGUGGGCGAGGGCGGGCGCGGUAGCCGCGAGUGGGCGGGGCGGGCGGAGGCGUUGGCGGCGGCGGCGGCGCCCGCGAACAAACAACAUGUUAUUUUAGUCGUACAAAACAACGUGACCAAAUCGCCGUGUCCUUCAUUUUUUGUUCAAAACUUUGGUUUACCUGCGAAGAAGCGAUGGCAUCCGGGAAGGCGCGCUGCUCUCCUUCGCCUGGGGGAGGCAGCAUCGGUUUUCGGGAAUCGCGUGCAUCUCGAGGGUCUUCGGGGUGAGGAGGCAGCUCCCACGCGUACGCCGGCUCAGGGCGCUUGCCACCUCGUUGGGCGCGGCCCGUCAUUCUAUUGUUUCAAUCUCCGCCCCGCCCCGCCCGCCCUGCCCUUUCGCCCCGCGCGCCUCGCCCGCCGCUCGGCCAGCGCGCCACAGGCCCGCAGCGCCACGCUCGUCACGUCCACCCCGUGCACCACCCCCACCUCACCCGCCUUGCCUCGCCUCACUCCGCUUCGCUCGCUCUCGUUCGCCGCCCCGCCGCAGCCUCGGCUCGCCUCGCCCGACGAAACCGACCGACCCGACCCGACCCGACCGACACGACACGACACGACACGCUCCGUCCGCUCCGACCGCCCCGCCACCCGUCCCACCCCCUGUGCCACAUCGCCCCGCCAACCCACUUCACCCCGCCAUGCCUCAUUAUGUUUCCGGAUUGAGAUAUUGAAGAGAUCAUCGAGAAACUCGCAGCAGAAGUCCGUCUGUGAAUCCGGGGAGGUUGUUUCCUCGCGUGAAAUCGGCCCCUGCUCCGUUCGGUGCCCCUCCCACGCCUCCCGCGAAAGCCCGCAAUUUCUGGGAUUUCGCCAGGCGGUCGCCCCAUCGCCCAAUGGCCGCUCGCCUGGCGAUCGUCAACUGCCCGCGGCGAGGAAGGCGGAGGCCGCAAAAACGGCGGAAAACGAACGCGAGCGAAAUCACUUCGAGGAAAGGACGCGACCGCGCCCACGCUCGCGCCACCGCCCACGCCGCCCCACUAGCCACGCCGCCCCACUGGCCACGCCGCCGCCCACGCCGCCGCCCACGCCACCCCAAAUCUCCAUUCCGCCGCCCACACCACCCCCACUGACCAUGCCGCCGCUCACGCCACCCCCACUUUUCAUGCCACCGCUCACGCCGCCGCCCACAUCGCUCCCAUACCGCUACAUCCUUGGACGAGAGUUAGUCUUUGACUCGUAAACCAGG